GCACUCUCCCUGAAAGAGCGGAUGGCAAGGUACCAGGAAGCUGUUUCCAAGGGUGACACCCGCAGCUUCUCAGCUAAUGUCAUGGAAGAAUCAGAAGUGUUCACAGUGCCUGGUGGUUUAGCCAAGAUGAAGAAACAAUUUGAAAAGGAUGAAAUGACUUCAACCUGUAAUGCAUUUUCUGAGUAUCAAUACCAACACCAAAGCAGAUAUGAACAGGAAGCAAUCCACAGCAAUCAAGAAAUGACAAGGAACGAUCAAGAAGUUUCUAAAGUUCAUGGAACUGAUGUCUUCAAAACAGAAAUGAUGUCACAUCUUGAAGAACAAACUGAGGAAGUAAACCAAGCUUCACAGUUUCAUCAAUAUGUUCAAGAAACAGUCAUUGAUACACCUGAGGAUGAAGAGAUUCCUAAAGUUUCCACUAAGAUUUUAAAAGAGCAAUUUGAAAAGUCGGCCCAAGAAAAGUUUCUCUAUACUGACAAAGAAACAGCUCCAUCCAGGUGUAUAAAGAUGGAAAAUGACAGUAAAGAAUCCUUAAAGCCAUCAUCAGCUAUGGGUACCUGUUCUUCUUACACUUCAGCUAGCCAGAAGAAGGAAACCUCAAGCUCGAGUUAUAGUAAUCACAGUGUCACUUCAACAGUCCUGGCACAAGUUAAUGGCAAUCCUUCAAGAAAAAUGGAAGAAUUUCCUCCUCCUCCACCUGAUAUACUUCAAACACCAAUGGAUGUGACAGCAUUUUCCCAGUCCCCUGAAUUCCCCAGCCCUCCUAGAGGACUACCAAUCCCCAAGGAUUUAUAUUCCAAACAAAGAAAUUUGUAUGAACUAAACCGUUUAUAUAGACAUAUCCAUCCUGAGUUAAGAAAAAACUUAGAAAAAGAUUACAUCAGUGAAGUCUCUGAAAUUGUUUCUAGCCAGGUAAAUUCAGGAAACUCAGUUUCAGCAGAUGUACAACAAACUCGGUAUAUUUUUGAAAACAAAAAUGACAGUUCUGAGAAAGAUCUGAACUCAGAAAGAGAAAACCUGGAAUGGGAUGAAAUUCUGAAAGGAGAGGUGCAGUCAAUGAGAUGGAUUUUUGAGAAUCAACCAUUAGAUUCUAUCAACAAUGGUUCUACAGAUAAAGGGUUCACUUCCAAGGGCAUUGAUGACCAAGAACUUAUUGCCGGGGGUGACGUGAAGUAUACUAGUUGGAUGUUUGAAACUCAGCCAAUAGAUGCACUGGGGACUCCUUCCCUUGACAAUGAAGGAAACACAGAGAAAAUUCCUGAGCUAGCUAGAGGAGAUGUUGGCACAGCAAGAUGGAUGUUUGAAACAAGGUCUUUAGACUCAAUGAACAAAAUGCAUGAAAUUCAAGAAGACACAGCAUAUGCUACUAUAAAUGAUAUAACUGGGGGAGAUGUCAAGACUGUGAGAUACAUGUUUGAAACUCAACACCUGGAUCAACUUGGACAUCUUCACUCUGUGGAUGAAGUUAACUUAUUACAACUCAGGUCUGAACUCAAAGAAAUUAAAGGAAAUGUUAAAAGAAGCAUUAAGUGUUUUGAAACUCAACCACUGUAUGUCAUCAGAGAUGGUUCAGGCCAAAUCCUAGAAAUUAAAACUGUGCAGAGAGAAGACAUCAUAAAAGGAGAUGUGAGAACAGCACGUUGGAUGUUUGAAACACAGCCUUUGGACAUAAUUAACAAAGAUAUCACAGAAAUUAAAGUUGUUCGGGGACUAUCCAUGGAAGAAAAUGUCAAAGGUGGGGUGAGUAGAGCAAAGUGGUUAUUUGAAACUCAACCCCUGGAGAAAAUCAAAGAAGACUCAGAUGAGGCUGUCCUUACAAAAGAAGCAAUCAUAGGUACAGAUGUUUCUAAGAAGUGUUGGAUGUUUGAAACACAGCCAUUAGACAUUCUAAAAGAAGUUCCUGAUGCAGAUACUGUAUCACUUGAAGAAAGAAUAGGAGGUGAUGUAAAAACCACCAAACAUCUAUUUGAAACACUUCCAAUAGAAGCUUUGAAAGACAGUCCUGAUGUAGGAAAGCUUCAAAAAAUCACAGCCUCUGAAGAAGAAAAAGGAGAUGUUAUGCACCAAAAAUGGGUAUUUGAAACUCAACCUUUAGAAGACAUUAGAGAGGAUAAGAAAGAGUAUACAAGGACAGUAAGGCUAGAAGCAGUUGACAGAGGUUAUGUAAAGAAGUAUACACAUAUUUUUGAAACCAAUAAUUUAAUUCAGGUUGAUGCAUCACAUCAAAUUGAGGUAGAAGGAGUCACCAGAGGCAUUGUGGAGUUAAAUAAAUCUCUCUUUGAGACAACCCCACUGUAUGCUAUUCAAGACCAUCUUGGAAAAUACCACCAAGUAAAGACAGUCCAGCAAGAAGAAAUCCUAACAGGAGAUGUAAGAAGUUGUAGAUGGCUUUUUGAAACAAGGCCUAUUGAUAAAUUUGAUGAAAACCUUCAUAAAUUUCAGAUAAUUAGAGGAAUAUCGGCUGAAGAAAUACAAGCAGGGAGUGUCAAAUCUGCUAGGUGGUUGUUUGAAACUCAACCUCUUGAUUCAAUUAAAUAUUUUAGCAAUGAGGAAGAAACUGAAAGCAAUACUGAACAAACUACAGAUAUUGUUAAAGGGGAUGUCAAAACUUGUAAAUGGCUAUUUGAGACCCAGCCAAUGGAGUGUCUUUAUGAACACGUUUCCUUGAAGACAAACACCGAAGAUAUCUGUAAGGGUGAUGUGAGAAGCUGCACGAGGCUUUUUGAAACUCAGCCACUUGAUACUAUAAAAGAAGACUCUGAAGCAACAGUCAAACUGCAAACUGUAAAGCAGGAAGAGAUACAAGGUGGGGAUGUUCGGACAGCAUGUUUUCUUUUUGAGACAAAAGAUCUGGACAAAAUACAGGGGAAUGAUGGUAAAGAAAAUAAGCCUGUGGAAAUGGAUAUACAAGCUGGAGAUGUCUCUGGCAUGAAGUAUAAGUUUGAAAGUCAGUCCUUAGAUUCUAUCAGUUGCAGUUCAGAGGAUGUGUUGAAUAAGAUCAAAACUCUAAAAACUGAAGACAUUCAGAAAGGCAAUGUGUUAAAUUGCAAGUGGCUAUUUGAAAAUCAACCCAUUGAUAUGAUAAAAGAAAAUCAAGAAGGUGAUGGAUUGGUUAAGACAGUGACAGACAUCCAAGGUGGAAAUGUGAGAAAGAGGUGCUUCAUUUUUGAGACAUUUUCUUUGGAUAAGAUUAAAGAAGAAUCUGAUGGCAUCAGUAUUAGGAAAACAGAUACUGAAGAAGUAAUGAGAGGUGAUGUAAAAAGCUACAGAAUGCUCUUUGAAACACAGCCACUCUAUGCAAUUCGAGAUCAAGAAGGGUUUUAUCAUGAAGUGACAACAGUUAAAAGAGAAGAAGUAAUUCAUGGAGAUGUACGAGGAACAAGGUGGCUCUUUGAAACAAAACCAUUGGACUCAAUUAAUGAAUCAGAAGAUGUAUAUGUUAUUAAAUCUGUUACCCAAGAAGACAUUCAGAAGGGGGAUGUGAGUUCUGUCAGAUACAGAUUUGAAACUCAACCCCUCGAUCAGAUUUCAGAUGAAUCACAUAAUGUUUUGCAGUCUGAUGACAAUAUUCAAGGAGGCAAUGUAAAGAUGAGUAAACAGUUCUUUGAGUCUGAAAAUGGUGACAAGAGAAAUUAUAUAAGAACAGUAAGUGUCAAAGAAAUACAAAAGGGCAAUGUGAAGACUUCUACCUGGCUCUUCGAAACUCACAGUAUAGAUCAGCUGGGAGAAGGGUCUGGAUAUGGAAAUAUCAAGACUGUCACCCAGGAAGUGGUACAGAAAGGUUGUGUAAAGAAUGCAGUGUGGCUUUUUGAAAAUCAAGAAUUGGAUUCUUUUAAGGAAGUAGAUGAAAGUGAUGCAAAAGUGACCAAAGAAGAAUUUCCUCCAUCAGAUGUCAAAACAACAACAUGGCUCUUUGAAACAACACCUAUUCAUGAAUUUAAUGAAUCUAAAGUAGAAAAGGUAGAAAUAAUUGGCAAGAGCAUUAAAGAAACCUUGAAAGACCUCUACUCUCAAAGAGUUAUUGAAGCUCCUGGAAUUAUCAUUGAAGCUGAUGAAGUUGGAGAUGUUCGAAUGGCAAAAUAUAAGCUCAUGAACCAAACAACUCCUGAGAUACAGAAAGAAGAUGUUAUCAAGGCUAAUCUCAGAAGCAUAAUGAUGAAUUUACUUUCCCAAAGAGACUGUACAAAGAAGGAGAUACUUGUCAGUGAAGAGGAGAAGGGGAAUGUCAAUUUGACUAAAACUCAAUUAUUAAACAGACCGACUGGAUUUCAUGCUGAAAAGGAAGAGAUAGUGAGAGGGGAUGUAAAACAAGCAAUAACAAAGCUGUUCUCAGAGGAAAGAUAUGCAAAGAAAGGCAUCCUAAUUCAGGAAGAUGAAAAAGGAGAUAUUAACAUGACUAUCUAUUGUCUUCUUCAUGAAAAUGCUGGUGACAAGGCUGAGCGUGAAGACAUAAUAGGGGGUGAUGUGAGACGCACCAUUCAUAACCUGUUAUCUUCUACAUCAAAUGGCAAAAUACCUGAAAAGACAAAAAUUGAUGCCUCAGAGAGGGGAAACGUUCAGUUCUUCAAAACAUGCAUAGAAACUGGAGCCUUGAAUUACCUCAAACAACUCCAAAUAGGGACAAAUGAAACUCUUACAACUAGGAAACAAGGAGAGGAAGAAGUAAUUGGUGAUGAUGUUGAGAGCACAAGACUGUUACAAAAGAAAAGACAAUUGCUGUUUGACCGUACUAUUAAUGAAAGUGAAAUCAUCCCAGGAGAUGUGAGGAAUACAGUUAAAGUCCUCACUAAAGGGCCUCAGAGUCCAUCUUAUAAGACACAGAAAGAAGAGGUUAUAAAGGGUGGCAUGAAAUCAACCCUAAACUCUCUCAAUCAGGCCAUGAAUCAGAAAACAGUGACUAAAACAGCAGAAAUUAUGAAAGGUGGCAGGCUGGCCCCAAGGGAGUCACUUAAGGAGUCAGACAACAGACAGAAAGAAUCUAAACAAUCUGGUGGCAUCCCCAGUGAUCUUGAGCGAGCUAUUGAGUGCCUUGAGAAGGCUACAAAUACAAGGACUGAAAUAUUGAAAAAGGAGCUGAUACUAGAUGAUCUUGAAACAUCAUUGAGGUCUUUGAAAGAAGCACAAUGGGGUUUCAAAGAUGUUGAUGAAGCAGGAAUAAUAAAAGAAGAUGCACUACCUGGGAUAGAGGGAUUUUCAGCCAAACAAAAGAUAGGGAGUCAUCCAGCAGCUCUCCAAGGAGACAAGAAAAGUCUUCUUCAACCAAUGCCAGGACCAUUUGAGCCUGCCACCAAGCAGGAAAUAGGGCCGGGCACUCUCCAUGAAACUACCCAGAAGUCUUUAACAGAGGAAAGAUCUGAGGUUAAUCUUCUCAGAGCCCCUAAGGGUACAGUAAAGAUUGUCAUUGAUCGUGAACAAAAUAAUGAUGCUCUUGAGAAAAGUCUUAGGAGGAUGUUUAAUUCAGAACACAGAGCUAUGAAAAACAGCUUAGACAUGGGUGAGAGAAUUGACAUGUGGACUGAAAGCAAAGAAAAUCUGUGUUAUGGCAAUGAUAUGAGCAAACAACUAAGUGAAACCAUGUCAAUGAAGGAAAAUCUAAAAACCAAGGUUUCAGAGAAUGUGAGAGAAUCAAAGGAUAUCUGUAACUUCACCCGGUCUGUGGAUAAUACAUUUAGAAAGCAGUUUCAAACUUGUGAACCAGAGAAUGACUACCGGAAGUCUCAGAUCCAGGAUUCCUAUGGGAAUAAUCAAAAUAGUAAGAAAAAUAUGAGUAUAUCAUCAGUGGUGCAAAGUUGUACACCAAAUCCCACCCAGCAUCUCAUCAAACAGACAACUGGAGAAAUGCAUGGGACAACAAGGGACUUUCAGAAUCAAGCCUUGCUAAGUCAGGUAACAUGGUAUUGUGAUAAAGAUAUGAAGAAAAAUGACAUUAGCCUUCAACCUUUGCCUGUAGAUAAGGAUGUACAAAAUGUAACAGGAGUAAGAGUCUCUGGAAGAAGCCACAAAAAAUUUCAGGCAACUGACAAAAAACAGAAAAAUGAUGUUUGUCUAGAAAACCAGGACUUUCUAAUGAAGACAAAUACUUCCAAAGACUUGAAAAUGGCAAUGGAGAAGUCCCUUAAUCCAAUCAACUUUCAACCUGAGUAUAAUGUAAAAGAAAAUGAGGACUCCCUUCCACCUCCAUCUCCCCCUCCUCUGCCUUCCAAUGCAUCAUCCGAAAUUGAAUUUCCUCUCCCCCCUCCACCACCAUUAAUGCUGUUGUCUGAAAAAAACGAGUUUCCUCCCUCCCCAUCAACAGAGAAGACAAGGACUGAAUUCGAAGGCCUCCCUCUUCCUCCACCACCAGUAGAUGAGAAAUCUGAAAGAGGAUGUCUGUCAGCAUCCCUACCUCUUCCACCUCCUCCAAAAACAUAUCCAGCAGCACAUCUUCUUUCCUCCUCUGUCCUAGAAAAUUAUAGUGAAGCCUUCAUACAAGAAAAUUUCCAAAAAGAAGUCUCAGGCACUCAGCAGAUUCACUCACAGGCUAAAACCCUAACAGUAAAAUCACCACCUCCUACACUCCCCAAACCCAAACUUCCCAAGAGCAUUAAAGAUCAAAUGAGCCAGGAGUCCCCAAAGGGCAAAUUGGGGAGAUCUCUGUCAGACAUGGAAAUUAAAUCCACCUGCUCCAAGGAUCAGAAAAGAUCAGUAGUGGCAAUAAGCUGUGAGAACACAGAGACAAAGCAGGAACUACUCAGAAAAAGUCUUGAUGAAAGAAAACAGCUGUCCAAAAACUCAGCAAACUCUCUGUCUCAGAGAAUUCCAGAAAUCCCAGCCCCUAAGGAAAAACAGCUAGCACCCCUUGUUAAAUCUCACUCAGUUCCAUCAGGCUCAGUACAACAAAGUCCAAAGCCUUACGUGAGAAAAUUUAAGACACCUUUAAUGAUUGCUGAAGAAAAAUACAGACAACAAAGGGAAGAGUUUGAGAAACAGAGACAAGAGAAGUCUUGCCACAGUAUUGUUAAAACAGAAACCUACCGUCAAAACAUAUCAGAGAAGGAGAAAAGAAUAGAGUCACAAAAAGGGACUGAGGCAGUUCCCAUACCCAGAAAGGAUUUGGACUUGACUAGGAUACAACCCAGCCUGGACUCUAAGAAAGAGGCUGUGCUUGCAGGAAUGAGAGCUGACAGCGAGGUCUCCACAGCUUCUACAUUGACAGUUGAUACUGAGAGGCUCCACCACUUUCUAGCAGCAUCGGAAGAUAAAUGUACCAUGAAAAAGGAAGGCAUACAAAGCUUAAAGGAUAUUCUACAGUGGAAAUCAGCUUGUGAAACUAGCCAGAGUCACAAAGAGUGUAAGACACAACAAACACCUGAGCAGCAUAUGGAGAACUUGCCCUUUCCCCAAAGCAUAUCAACUUUCCCAAGUUUCAAAGCGAAGACCAUCAAGCUUCCAAAUCUAGAUCGUUCACUGACUGAACCAGAUCUCAGUUCUGAAAGUCACAAAAAGCAAUCUGAAGUUCAUGUUCAAACCACUGCUACACAUAUGAAUCAGGAAAUCAAGAAAACCCCAGAUAGGACACAUUGUGAUAAUAAGCAAUCUGUGCCUGAAAAAUCUUUUCAAUUACCUAAAACAGAGAAAAGGGUGACAAUACAAAUGCCUCAAGAAUCCUCAGAGAAACAUCAUAAGAGUAAGCUCAAAGCAGUUCCCAAGAAGCAGAGGGGGUUUGGGGAGUUUGGCAGAGGGAAUGUCCCAGGGAGUGAAGAAAGCAACCAGGACUCAUGGAUGAGCUGUUCAAAAGAAGACAGAUUAAUAGUUGAGAGAAAGCAAGAACAUCUGCAGGACCAGAAAGUACCAACGUUGGCCCAACAAAAGAUUAUCAAUGCAUGUCUGGACUCACAGAUUCAGAAUUUUCAGCAAACACAAAUACAAACUUCUGAAAGUAGAGUUGAGAAUAAAAAAUUGCCCCAGCCACAUAAUGAUGUGCCAGACAAGGGCAAACAACAGAGACAUGUCUUUUCUGACACUGAAGAUUCAAAACAAGAGAUUACACAGAAUGAAUCUCCAUUUUCCUCUAUGAAAGAAUCCCAGCAUGACAAUGGAAAAUGUGCCAUAAAUAUAUUGGAAUUCUCGAGAAAACGUGAAGAACUGCAGCACUUUUUGUCUAGAGUAAAACAGUUUGAAGCAGAAUCAGAUAAAAACGGGCUUGAAACAUUUCAGACACUGCUAAAUAUUGUUCCAGUGUGGCUGAUAAGUGAAGAAAAACGAGAAUAUGGAGCUCAUGUUGCCAUGGAGAAUAAUUUAGAAAAAGUCAAAGAAGAAAUAACACAUAUUAAAACUCAAGCAGAGGAUAUGCUUGUGCACUGUGAACAUAUAAUUCAAACAGCCAUGAUGGCCUCCCCAACAGGGAAGCAGAGAGAUAAGCCUACCCAUCUUAAUGAAAUGUCAUUGAAAGUGUCUAAUGUUAAUGUCAACUCUAAUAAAUGCACUGAACAGAAAGAAAAUAAAGUUGUGGAAAAACAGUUAUCACAGCACCAAGUAACAAUGAUGCAUAAUCCUGCUAAAACACAUCAGGAGAUUAAGAGAGAAGAUAAUAAGAUUGCUCCUUCCUCUUUGAAAACUCGACCACCAUCACCAACUUUCAUUACAAUAGAGUCCACUGCCCGACGAGCAGAAACCUCCACGAAGAGUGAGCUUUCUCAAUCCCCUAAAAAGAUCAGUUGUACUGAACCUCCACCCAGAACAUCUACAGAGCAAACAUCUGGACUUCACAGAACAUGCACCUCCCCAUCCCCACCAAGGAGUCGCUCAGAACAACUUGUUAGACUCAAAGACACCACUGCCAGGUUAGCCAAAGGUACCAUCCCAUGUUCACCAGGGACCCCAGUUCCAAUUGUAGAGAAGAGAUCUCAAGUUGUCAUGUCUCCAGCCACACUCCGCAGGCAAAUUAAGAUAGAAAGUCAUGCCAGGGACUCUCCACCCACCAUCACAAUACCUGUAAGUGUAAACCAUGCCAUUAGUGGUUCCUUCCAAGAAUCUUUAGAAGCCCAAGACACAAUGAGGAAAAUAGAGAAAAAGGGGUCUUAUGUUCAUAAAGAUGAGCUGAGUUCAUUCAACAACACAAUGCCAGAAACUGAAAGCUAUGAUGCAGUUGAGAUCAUCCGCAAGGUAGAAGGGCCUCGCCUAUCAGAACACACAGAGAGAUUUGAAGCAACCAAUCAAACAGUUCAAAUGGCUGAACAUUUUCUGAAUGGCCAUGAAAAUGAAAUAAACAGAUGGUUUAGGGAUUUUGAGAACAACCCAGACUUUAGAGCAAAGACAGAUAGAAGAUUUUAUGCAAAUGGUGAAAUAAACCACAAUGUGAAACAAGAGAGUCACACGUUUUGUAAGGAGGGAUUUGGACUAGCAUCUUCUGGAAAUGCUAAUUUUACAGGCAUUUCAUACAGACAUCCUAGAGAACACCAAGAAAAAGUUCCUGCAAUGCAGCCCAGGGUUCACUCUGAAGCAAGGUCUAUGAGUGAGCAUUUCUUAGGGGUGGACACAUUUGAUAGUCGGAUUAUUGGGUCAAAGGUAGCAACUUCAACAUCAUGCACCUCAGAAGGUGGCAGAUCCGGCUUGGACUUCAAGCAUGCCCCACCAACCUAUGAAGAUGUGAUUGCUGGCCAUAUCCUAGAUCUUACCGAUUCACCUAGAAAUCUCAGAAGAGAUUUUCAGAAGACAUGGCAGGAGAGUGAAAGAGUUUUUAGUCGCAUGGGAUAUGAAACCUCAGAUGCACAAGCCACUGAAAUGAGCAGAGUCUUCCAGGAGGAAUCUUCCUUUAAAAGUGACAAGGAAAUCUGCAUAAUUUGUCAAAAGACAGUUUAUCCAAUGGAGUGCCUCAUAGCAGACAAGCAGAAUUUUCAUAAAUCGUGUUUCAGAUGCCAUCAUUGCAGCGGUAAACUGAGUUUGGGAAAUUAUGCAUCACUUUAUGGACAAAUAUACUGCAAGCCUCACUUUAAACAACUUUUUAAGUCUAAAGGAAAUUAUGAUGAAGGUUUUGGACACAAACAGCAUAAAGAUCGAUGGAAUUGCAAAAAUCAAAGCAGCGUAGUUGACUUAAUUCCCAAUGAAGAACUCAAUGUGUGUGAAAACCCUGUAACAGAUACCCUUUUGUUUGGGGAUCUUACUAGACAUGCAGAUGUUUGUUACAGCGAUUGGCAGAACAAUGAUUUGAGAAAAUGGAGAGAGAGGGGGAAAUUAAAAAUUGUUUGGCCUCCUUCCCAGGAGAUGCCUAAGAAAAACUUUCCCCCUGAUGAAGAAUUCAAAGUGACUAAACCUAAAUGGCCGCCUCAAGUGACAAUCCCUGUUUCCUUGGAAUGUAAAAGGGAGUCACUACCAGAACAUGUGAAAAGUUUGGGAAAUCAAGAGCAAGACAGCUUCCCUGUCCUACCACCAUGUCAACAUGUGUGUCAGAAAGGGGACAUCGUGGGAGUCACAGACAUGAAAGUGUAUGAAACAAGAAAGGAUGAGAAAGAAGGAAAGAGAAAUGAGCAGGAUAAGAUGAAUGAAGCAGAGUGCGUAGCUAGUAAGAGAAAAAGUGGGAUGGAACUUAAUGGCAACGCUGUAUAUGUGCAGAGUGAUGGAAAGCGAAAUAGUGGACAUGCCAAUGAACUUGACUGCACAGACAUUCUACAAGUCACAAGCACUGGCGAUGAGGUGGGCCCAGAGAACCACAGAGAGAACUUCAACAACAAUAACAAUAACAAUUCAGCAGGUGUCUGCUCUAUGAAUAGUGGCAGACAGGGGAUGUCCAUUUUAGAAUGUCCUCAGCUAUUACAGAUAGCCAGUGAGGCAAACCCCUACCCAAGUGAAAUCCAAAUCAAAAAGCUGAAACAUGCAUCCAGGAUCUCAGAGUUACUUGGUGUAUUUGAAUCUGAAAAGUUGUCCUCUAAAAAUGUCCUAGCCAUGGCUCUGGAGAAAAAAGCUGACAGAGUGACUGCGGGCAGUCCUGUGCAGUUCACUCUGGAGCCAGUCUUCCAGCAGGGCUUAGCAGAUAAAGGGGAAAGCUGUGCAGCCUUUCCAGAUGCAAACCUCUUACACAUUAAAGAAAACCAUGACAACAGCAAAAAAGUGCACCUUCUCUUUUCUAACACUGUGAAAAUUCCCUCCUUUUCUAAGAAACACAACAUCCUUGCAUGUGAUUUCAUAGAUUCUGUUGAUCAACUUAAAAAUAUGUCAUGCUUAUAUCUGAGAGAACUUGGAAAAGACAUCAAAUGCUGGCCUGAUGAAACCGCAGGGGCAGCUUGGAGUGGUGGGAAAAUGGGUUUUGAUGCCCCAAGCCAAGGACGUGCAGCUAAGCCUGUGUUUCCUGGAGCGCGAUGCCAGGCAGAGCAUCUCACUGUGGAAGAGCAGAUUAAAAGGGACCGGUGCUACAGUGACAGUGACGCCGACUGA